ACGUAGACGUCCUACGCUGUGAUAUUAAAGCAAGAUGGCCGCCCCCUGCAGAUUUUCUUCUGUUGCGUAAGUUUUUUUGGCCGUCACUCGUGUCAGCUUCAAAGUCAGAUAGAUUUUCUCCCAGCAUGUUCUACUUCCGAGGCUGUGGCCGUUGGGUCGCGGCUUCCUUCACCAAGCUACAAUUUCCGUUGGCACGGUUGAGCAGUGACAGCACGGCGCCCCGGACUCCGCACUUCGACGUGAUAGUCAUUGGUGGAGGACAUGCCGGGACUGAGGCAGCCACCGCCGCCGCUAGGUGCGGCUCUCGGACUCUGCUCCUCACUCACCGCGUGGACACGAUCGGUCAGAUGUCAUGUAAUCCUUCCUUUGGUGGCAUCGGAAAGGGACAUUUAAUGAGGGAAGUAGAUGCGUUGGAUGGCCUGUGUUCUCGCAUCUGUGACCAGUCUGGUGUACAUUAUAAAGUAUUAAACCGGCGUAAGGGACCAGCUGUGUGGGGUCUGAGAGCUCAGAUUGAUAGGAAACUCUAUAAACAGAACAUGCAGAAAGAAAUCUUAAAUACACCACUGCUUACUGUUCAGGAGGGAGCUGUAGAAGAUCUUAUUCUUACAGAACCAGAGCCUGAACACACUGGGAAAUGCCGUGUCAGUGGGGUUGUUUUGGUGGAUGGAAGCACAGUAUAUGCAGAGAGUGUGAUUCUGACUACUGGGACAUUUCUGAGAGGCAUAAUUGUAAUCGGAUUGGAGACGCAUCCAGCAGGACGUUUAGGGGAUCAGCCUUCUAUAGGAUUGGCUCAGACACUGGAGAAGUUAGGGUUUGUGGUGGGAAGGUUGAAGACUGGGACUCCACCCCGAAUUGCCAAAGAGUCCAUUAAUUUCAGUAUUCUAAACAAGCAUACACCGGACAAUCCAUCCAUACCAUUCAGCUUUACCAAUGAGACAGUAUGGAUUAAGCCAGAAGAUCAGCUGCCAUGUUACUUGACUCACACCAACCCUAGAGUGGAUGAGAUUGUCCUUAAGAACCUUCACCUUAAUAGUCAUGUUAAAGAAACGACAAGAGGACCUCGAUACUGUCCCUCCAUUGAAUCAAAAGUUCUGCGUUUUCCAAACCGUCUACAUCAGGUUUGGUUGGAACCUGAAGGAAUGGAUUCUGACCUUAUCUACCCACAGGGGUUAUCUAUGACGCUACCAGCUGAGUUACAAGAGAAAAUGAUCACAUGCAUCAGAGGCUUGGAGAAAGCUAAAGUGAUUCAGCCAGACGGAGUUUUGCUCUUGUUGCCCAGGAUGGAGUGCAAUGGUGCGAUCUCGGCUCACCACAACCUCCCCCUGCCAGGUUACGGUGUUCAGUAUGAUUACUUAGAUCCCCGUCAGAUCACUCCUUCCCUGGAGACUCAUUUGGUUCAACGACUCUUCUUUGCUGGACAGAUCAAUGGCACCACUGGUUAUGAGGAAGCUGCAGCUCAAGGUGUGAUAGCUGGAAUCAACGCCAGUCUUCGGGUCAGUCGCAAGCCUCCCUUUGUGGUUAGCCGAACAGAAGGUUACAUAGGAGUCUUGAUUGAUGACCUCACUACUCUGGGCACCAGUGAACCAUACCGCAUGUUUACCAGCCGAGUAGAGUUCCGUUUGUCACUGCGCCCUGAUAAUGCUGACAGCCGGCUCACACUGCGAGGGUAUAAAGACGCUGGCUGUGUGUCCCAGCAACGAUAUGAAAGAGCUUGUUGGAUGAAGUCUUCUUUAGAAGAAGGCAUUUCUGUGUUGAAAUCUAUUGAGUUUUCGAGCUCUAAAUGGAAAAAAUUAAUCCCAGAGGCUUCUAUAAGUACUAGUAGAAGUCUGCCUGUCAGAGCUCUCGAUGUUCUGAAGUAUGAGGAAGUUGACAUGGAUUCAUUAGCCAAGGCUGUUCCAGAGCCCUUGAAGAAGUAUACUAAAUGUAGAGAGUUGGCUGAAAGACUGAAAAUAGAAGCCACUUAUGAAUCAGUGUUGUUCCAUCAGCUACAAGAAAUAAAGGGAGUUCAGCAAGAUGAAGCUCUCCAACUGCCAAAAGACCUAGAUUAUUUGACUAUCAGGGAUGUGUCUUUGUCCCAUGAAGUUCGAGAGAAACUACAUUUUAGUCGUCCACAGACGAUCGGGGCUGCUAGUCGCAUACCCGGAGUAACACCUGCUGCCAUCAUCAAUCUGCUGAGAUUUGUGAAGACCACUCAACGAAGACAGGCAGCUAUGAAUGAAUCAUCCAAAACUGAUCAAUACUUAUGUGAUGCAGACAGACUUCGAGAGAGAGAGUUAUAGCUUUCAAUUCAUAAAAGAUUUUUAAAGAGCAUGUGAAUAAUUUGAUCAAUACAAGAGUAUAGAUAAAAGAAUUAUUUAGCACAUGUUAAAAUAGCUUUAUUAGAUUACUAUGGGUUUGCUGUUAAUUUCUGAGUGGGACAGAAAUUAUAAUUGUGCUUUUUUGUGUAUAUGAAAAAACUAGUCGUAAACAAUUUGUACUCUUUCUUUAAGGAGCUCUAAUACAAAUAACUUUGUGCAGUGUUCAUCAAAGAGAGAGAUAGUGAACCUAAAACUGAACCUGGAAAAAAACUCAACAUGCAGAUUUGCCUACUCAUAGGGACUUUGCCUAUUAAGUCUACCAAAUUAAAAGUCUUAUCAUUCA